GAAAUCAAAUUUUCAUCUAUUUAUCAAUUUCCAAAGAAUUUGUUUUCAUUUCCCAGUAUUUAAAAAAUAAUAUUACUCACUUUACAGGAUUCUAAUUAAUUUUCUUUAGUGUUUAAUUUCAUCUUAACUUGUCGCGCCUUAUAUGGAACAGAAAACUUGUUGCAAGGCUUAUUUAGAUGUUGUAUUUUGGUGUAUAUCCAUAGUUUAUUAAGUCUUUUCUAGUUUGCUUCGAGUAAUGUGACCUGAAUAAUUAUAUAUAUAACUACAGGGCAAAUGACCUACAACGGAUGAUGGUGAAUCAUGGUGUCUGAGAGUACAAAUCAAAUAUGGCUGCCACAUAUGAAGAAACGGAGAUGCUGGAAAAGGAGAAAAAUGGCGAUUCAGCCGAGCUGGUCUCCGUCCGCGUGCUCAUCAAUGGCAUGACAUGCCAGUCCUGUGUGCGCAGCAUAGAGAGUUCGGUGAGAGAGCUGCCAGGGAUUUAUCACGUCAAGGUGGACCUAGCUGAGAGUGCCGGCUACUUCAGAUAUGAGCGAGGCGCGUGCACGGCUGACGACAUCCGGCGCCACAUAGAGGAUAUGGGGUUCGAGGUCCCGAACGACGUUGAUGACGAAAACAAGAAACUCCUUUCGCGCGAGAUCCCCACCGACGUGUUGAUAGACAUGGCGGGACCCACGCCCAAGGUCAGCGACGUUCUCGUAGCAGUCACGGGCAUGACGUGUCACUCCUGUGUCAACACCAUACAGGGAUGUCUCGAUGGAAUGGCGGGUGUGGUAAAGGCAACAGUGAGCCUGGCGGACAAUAGUGCGUCUGUUCGGUUCGCAGCGGACGUGACCACGCCCAAGCAGAUAGCGGACGCGAUAUACUCGUUGGGAUUUGAUGUGGACAUAGUCAGCGUGGACGGGAGGAAGUACGAUACCUCAGAAAACAACGAGCAGGCGCAAGGGGACGGCGUCAAACUAUCGCCCAACAGCAAACCCCACUUAAAUGGUGGAGCUGUAGUGGAUACCUCGGAGGUGGUUCUCUCACGCUGUACACUGGAAGUGCGAGGAAUGACGUGCGCCUCGUGUGUGGCUGCGAUAGAGAAACACUGCGCCAAGCUACCUGGUGUGCAGUCUGUUGUGAUUGCCCUGCUGGCGGCCAAGGCUGAAGUGUGUCACGACGCGAGCAAGAUGGCGGCGGCCGACAUCGCGCGCUCCAUCACCGACCUGGGCUUCAGCAGUGACGUCAUCAGCGAGAGCGGCGCGCCUCGCGACCUCACCCUGCUGAUCAAAGGAAUGACGUGUGCGUCGUGCGUCAGCAAGAUUGAGAAGAGCCUGAUGAACCUAGAUGGUGUGAUAUCGUGUGUGGUGGCGUUAACUACAAGCAAGGGCAGAGUAAAGUACGACCCGGAGGUGAUAGGCGCUCGCCGCAUCUGCGACACGGUCAAUGAACUGGGGUUCGAAGCCACCCUCGUGACGUCACACACCCGGACGACUGGCAACUAUUUAGAGCACAAAGAGGAGAUCAGAAAAUGGCGGAACGCGUUCUUAAUAUCGCUGAUAUUUGGGGCGCCGUGCAUGGCUGCCAUGACGUACUUCAUGGUGAACAUGGGCAGCCACGAGGACAUGUGCUGCGUGAUACCAGGGCUCAGUCUGGAGAACCUGAUCAUGUUCGCCCUGGCCACGCCCGUGCAGUUUAUAGGUGGCUGGCAUUUCUACAAGCAGGCUUACAAGGCGCUGAAGCACGGAACUUCCAAUAUGGAUGUACUAAUAUCGAUGACCACUACCAUCAGCUACGCGUACUCCCUGAGCGUGGUGAUUGCCGCCAUGGUGCUUCAGCGCACCACCAGCCCGCUGACAUUCUUCGACACGCCGCCCAUGCUGCUGGUCUUCGUGUCGCUCGGAAGGUGGCUCGAGCACAUUGCUAAGGGUAAGACAUCGGAGGCUCUAUCGAAGCUGCUCUCUCUGAAGCCGACGGAAGCUCUUCUGCUGACCCUCGACUCUGACGGUCACGAGAUAGGCGAGAAAAGUAUUCCGGUCGAGCUGGUGGAAAGGGGCGAUGUGUUGAAGGUGGUGCCAGGAGCCAAGGUUCCGGUCGAUGGCAAGGUUCUCUCCGGGCAGAGCACUUGCGACGAGUCUCUCAUCACCGGGGAGUCUAUGCCAGUUGCUAAAACCAAAGAUUCGUUGGUGAUAGGCGGCAGCAUAAACCAGCACGGCGCGGUGGUGAUGCGAGCCACGCACACGGGCGAGGCCAGCACCCUGGCGCAGAUCGUGCGCCUGGUGGAGGACGCGCAGGGCAGCAAGGCUCCCGUACAGCGGCUGGCUGAUACCAUCGCUGGAUACUUCGUGCCCAUAGUGGUAUUCCUGUCUCUGUUGACCUUGAUCUGUUGGACGAUCAGUGGCGCCAUCAACAUCGAUAUUGUCAAGAGAAUUACACCGGAGAUGUACCGCGACCGUUCUCACUGGGAGCUGAUCGUUCAGACGGCGUUCCACUUCGCGUUGUCCGUGCUCGCCAUCGCGUGUCCGUGUGCGCUCGGCCUGGCCACGCCCACCGCCGUCAUGGUGGCCACGGGCGUCGGGGCGAACCUGGGCCUGCUCAUCAAGGGGGCGGAGCCUCUGGAGAACGCACAUAAGGUCAAGACAGUGAUCUUCGACAAGACGGGCACCAUCACCCGCGGCAGCGCCCGCGUGGCUCGCGUGUCUCUGCUGACGGGUGACGCGGCCACUCUGCCCGACAUCGUGGCCUGUAUCCUCACCGCCGAGCUCAACUCAGAGCAUCCCGUCGCCUCAGCUAUUGUACAGUGGUGUAGCACUGUGCUAGGUGGGAAAGAAAGCAGAGCCUCCUGCGUAUCGUUCACCGCGGCGCCCGGGUGCGGCCUGCGAGCUCGACUGGUGCUACGGACCAAUACCGUUCAGCCGACUAUACAGGAUUACAGCGCCAGUUCCAUGCGCCUGGGCGGAGUACCGCUGGACGUGAUCGUGGACGAGGGAGACUCGGCGCUGAGCUCGGCUCAGGCGGCGCUCCGGCUGGGAGCCAUCAUCCCGCCCGACAUGCAGGUGGAACAGGUGGUUCUAAUCGGUAACCGCGAGUGGAUGUCCCGUAACGGUGUGACGGUGCCGCGGCGCGUGCACCAGGUGCUGGCUGAUGAUGAGGAGCUCGGCAGAACGGCUGUACUGGUCGCCAUCAACGAUCACCUGGUGUGCACGAUAGGCGUGGCAGAUGAGGUAAAGCCGGAGGCACACUUGGCUGUAUACUGCCUCAAGAAGAUGGGGUUGGAAGUAUGUCUGCUCACCGGAGACAACAGGAAGACGGCCGUCGCUAUCGCCAGACAGGUGGGCAUAAACAAGGUGUACGCGGAGGUGCUGCCGUCUCACAAGGUGGCCAAAAUACAGAAGCUGCAAGAAAAGGGGCAAAAAGUUGCGAUGGUGGGUGACGGCGUGAACGACUCUCCCGCUCUAGCGCAGGCGGAUGUGGGUAUCGCCAUCUCAAGUGGCACAGACGUGGCUGUCGAGGCCGCCGACUUAGUACUUAUGAGGAAUGACUUACUGGACGUGGUUGCGUGUCUGGAGCUGUCGAGGACGACCGUGCGCCGGAUACGACUCAACUUUAUCUUCGCAUCCGUCUACAACCUGCUGGGGAUACCGCUGGCAAGCGGGGCCUUCGCUCUGUGGGGGCUGCAGUUACAGCCAUGGAUGGCGUCGGCCGCGAUGGCAAUGAGUUCUGUUUCGGUGGUGUGUUCCAGUUUGCUGCUCAAAACGUUUAGAAAGGCGACAAUCGAAGAACUGCGUACCACGGAGUACCUGCAGUCGAUACACCUGGAGGAGUUAGACGCAGUGUCAGUCCACCGAGGACUGGAUGACAAAAUCUACCCGGAGAGCAGGGCCUCGCCGAUCGCCAACGGAAAGGAUCCAAUGAAAGCGGCUCUUAUUCAGUAAAUGACUGUUUCAACGUAACAAACAGACGGACGGCUGUUUGUUGCAAGAGGAGGACGACUUGAUGUCCGUCUCGUUCAUACCAAAGAGGCCGACGAGGGAUGCACCCAGUAUUAACGGUUGAGUUGCGCAAAUCUAAAUGUAGAUGGCGCUAAUAGGGAAAAAUAAUUGUAAACUUACGUCAGUAUUCACAAACUAUACUUGAAAGCGUGAAAAUAUAUUUUUUUUAAACAUAUUUUUAAGUAUUUGGUAAACAAACGGUUCAGCUUCAAAAAGCAGGAACUGUGAAAAAGGUUCUUCUACAGUAUUUAAAUACCCGAAUCGAAGUGCUUGGUUUGGAUUUUAUGAAAUUUAGUACAACAUUGCUCACUUAAGUGGAAAAAGUCUUCAUGGUUAUUACGUCACUGGUUGAUUUAAUGUGGAUAAGCCAACUAUUUCGGCCCCUUCGUUUUUUUUGAUUUUGUAAAGAAUAAUGGGUAAAAUAAAAUGUAGUACAUAAUAUAAUUGUCUGAUGGUCUUUACUAUAUCAAUAAAACAAAUAUUUUCAGCUGAUUGAUGUUAUAAGAAAUUAGAAAAAUAUUAUUUUAAGUCACCAUGAUUUUGGACGAUUUUUCGCACUUGCUUUCUCUAUUACCUUGAGCUAUGUCUAUGCUUCCAAUCUAUUUAAAACCUAUGAAUAGGCCAAGAGUCUUAUGACACGUCAUACUAUAGUUUGUGAGUACGAAUGUAAGAGUUAUAUACUAUUUGUAUAUUAAAAUGAAACUAUUUUGUCGAUUUAAAUGGAAGGAAAAAGUUUCAUUUCGCAGAUGAAGUAUUUCCAGCGUAUAAUUAUUUCCGUGUGAUAUUUGUGUAUUUGUAUGUCGUUACGAAACGGGUGAAUUGUUUGAUAUGUAUAUAGAGAUAUCUUUAUUGGAAGAAUUUUAGCUAGAGUACGGCUGGGGAGUAGAUUCAAUAGAACUUUAACAUAUUAAGACUGUCUAGUUACCAGUAAAAGAACCCGUUGACGAAUGGACCAGCUAUCGUUUCCCUUACAAAUGACGCGUCCGUACUCUAGUUAUUUUUGAAGCCAUACAGAGUUUGUUAUAUACCAUACCAGUUACCAAUACUUGUACAAAUGUAAUUUUAUUUUCUUCGUUGAUUUUUUUAACCAUAUCGCUGUUUUUCUCUUGACGGCAUGUCAAAUUGGUUCGUGUCACUUGCUUUCAAUCAAAUCGUUCAAGUUUUUGACAGAUAAAUAUUUUUAUUUAUAUUAAGGCGGUAUUACCAAACUAGUGCACAAAUCAGCUUAAGUUAUAGUCUUUGUGACUUAUUAAAUAGAUAUAAGGCAGUUUAAAAUGAUGUCCCGAAUUGUGAUUUGUUCUGUUAUGUUAUGGAAUAUCCAUAAAAUAUCAACAUUGCUUAUUUAUGGAAAAAUUAUGUUAAUUGUAUAACGCCGCAAAAUUAACUCAGUAUUUAAAAAAAACAACCAACGAGAACGUGUUAGACGUCAGCCAUUUUGCCGCGUAUGUACUUGAAAAUGGACAUGUUUUAUAUGGGUCCCAUUUACUUCAAAAUCGUUUGAAAUAAUGACGUCAAUAUUUAAAUGAGGUACUUUUAA